UCACCGUUUUAUUUCACACUUUUAUUACUUACUCUCACUUACUCUUAAUAAUAAUAUUUUUUAGGAGAUGUUUAUAUGUGAGUUAUAUGGCAAAAAAUAUGUUGUACAUAAUGGUAUACAAAAUGGCACUUAGCCAUAAUAGGAAAAAAGGCGAAUCUCUGGAUUCCCGCCAAAACUUGUGAUUUGUAAUAUGUCAAAUAAUUGUGUAUCGAGCACAAGUUAAUUUGUCUUAUUUGUUUUAAAAGUGAUGUCCUAAUACUUUGUAAGUGAAUAAAAAAACAAUUACAUUUAGUUCCAAUAUGGUGGGACAACAUGAUGAAAAUUUACUUUCGGAUAUGCUACCGAUUUACUACACCAGGCUUUUCCCUCAGAACAUAUUCUGCAGAUGGUUGACCUGUGGUAGCUAUCCACAUCCUGUUUCCAAUAGGGAAUUAUCAUUCACACUAGCUGACGAUGUGUAUAUACGAUAUUUAUCAAUCAAUAACCAGAAAGACUUUCAAACAUUGCUACAGAAAAAAAUUCCCCAUAAACUUGAUAUUGGUGGUGUCUACAAUACUAAACCUUCCAUUGCUCGUCACGACUCAGUGGUACUGGCUAGAGAGCUAGUAUUUGACAUAGAUCUUACAGACUAUGAUGAGAUAAGAACAUGUUGUCAAGAAGCAAAAGUGUGUGAGAAAUGUUGGAAGUUUAUGGUAAUUGCCUGUGAAAUUAUUGAUAAAGCUUUAAGAGAUGAUUUUGGUUUUCAAAACAUUUUAUGGGUGUUUUCUGGAAGACGAGGUAUUCACUGCUGGGUAUCAGAUUAUGAAGCUAGGACACUGGACAGCCCAGGAAGGGGGGCCAUAGCUGAUUACAUGUGUUUAAUAAUGGGUGGUGAUAACCAGAACAAGAAAGUUAAUCUUGGAAGUGACAAUAUCCAUACAAGUAUAAGACGAGCUUUAAACAUCAUAGAUCAAUAUUUUGAACAAUUACUAGAAGAACAAGGAUUUAUCUCAACAGCUGACAGACUCCAAACAUUUUUGAAAAUUAUGCCAGAUGAAAAUUUAAAGUCACAAACUGAAAAAGUACUGGCUAAAAUGUCAGAAGCAUCUUUAGACAGGUGGAAAGCUUUUUUGAAUAUCUAUAAUAAUUAUUAUAGAGAGAAUAGUAAUUCAUCAAGAAAAAUAAAAUAUCUUAUUGAAGAAAUCAAGAUUCAGUACUGCUAUCCACGAUUGGACGUAAAUGUAACUAAAGGAUUUAAUCACUUGUUAAAAUCACCAUUUAGUAUACAUCCAAAAACAGGCAAAGUGUGUGUGGUUUUUAAACCAGGUAAUGCAAAGAAUAUGAAACUUGAUGAAGUACCAACUAUAUACAGCUUACUUGAUGAUAGUUCACCAGAUAAUGCUCAGCAUCAAGUCAAUAUGCGAGUUGCUGUCAAAAAUUUUCAAGAAGUAGUAUUUUCUUUGGAAAAAACAGAAGCUAUGAGAAGAAGAAAUGAUGCAAAUACGUCCCUGGAUUUUUAAUAGCAUCAAAAAUAUUAUGUAAAAAUUAUUUUCUUAAUUUAAAAUACAUGGUUUAAUUCUA